AGGCCUUUUCGUGCAGGUUCACAUGGCCAAGCUUGCACAGCUGAACAAUGGCACAACUCAGCGUCAAAAUGGAGCCUUCGAGUCUGAGGUCACAAUCAGAUCUGCCCUGUUCUACACGCGCGGCGCACAGCUGAGAUUGACCAAGAAGGGGGCCGAGAAGCAGAAGAAGAACCAACGCCGUCGAGAGCGCCUCGCGAAGAAGAGAGAGAAGGAGGAAAAAGAGGAUGACAAUGCUUCUACUACAAGCUCUCACACAUCAGGAGAGACAGUCGUCGGUGAGACGCCCACUGUGAACCACCCGCCCGGAACAGUCGAAUCGCCACCAUCAGGCAUUGCCGAGAUCACUCAGGUCCAAGAUGGUGUGUCUGGGAAGGGUGAGCCUGGCAACAAUAGUGUAGAGUCGCCAAAGAAGCUCAACGUGGCCAUGCCCGUCCAAGACACCAAGCCUGACAAGAAUGUCAAGAAAAAUAGCCCUAAAAAAGUGUCCUUUACGCUCAGCCAGAUGAGCCAGAACCUCUCUGAUAUCAUGGAGGAAUGGACACACCGCAUUUUCGGCAGGUACGAUGAGUUCACCAGAGACUGGCCGAGCGAUGAGCUCGAGGCCUGGGUUACCCGCGGGCGGCCGUACAGCGUGCCGAUCAAGGUUCCCUUUGGCCACCGGCGCCUUCAGGCCGGUCUCAAGAACAUCAACGCUGUUGGCAAAGAGACCGACCUCCGGACUUUUGGUCGGUAUAUAGUUGGAGGGCCGCGCACACAGUACAUCGUCGACGACGUGGUGUACGCGGCCAACAAGCUGCAGAGCCGAGAGAGGGUCUGUCUGGCGUUCCGGGAACUCCUUCGCGACGAUGAGGCCGACUCCUUUACCGUUGUCUUCUUCUCCAUACAAAAGGAGAAAGCGCCCAUCUUGCUCACGGAUGUGCUGGGCCGCAAGACGAGUAUCCCCUUUGAGCUCGGCAAGGAGUGGGAGAAUAUAAAGGAUAUAAUCCUGGACCUCUUUGUCUCUGUUGCUGAGAUCGGACCGCAUAUUUUGGAAGGGCAUUAUGACUUUUUCAAUGUCAAGGGCGAGAUCGUGCUCCCCCGCCUGUGGACCGACAGCGUCAAGCCCGGUGACAGCAUCAACAUGAGACUCUGGCCCAUGGAGCUGAACCCAUUGCGGCGCUUCUACCCUCAACAUCCUCCGUUCCCCUUCACCAGUAAUAAGGCUGAGUCCAAUAAUAAGGAAAUGGAGAGGCGGGCCGCGCGGCUGCAUAACUGCAUCAUUGGGAUCUCACCGGGCCCGCCUGGUCGUGCACCCCAUCCUGCUCGUGUCGGAUACUCUGGUGAAUACCCUCGAGGCCCCCGGCCGGCGAUUCGCCCUCCGCCUCCGCCAGCACCCGUCAAUAUGGGGCGUCCACCUGCCAUGAUGCCACCACCGCCCAUGCGGCCAUCCAUGCCACCUCCGCCCAUGCGACCAUCCAUACCGCUACGGCGGACCAAGCCAUUCAGAUGGCAGCGCAACCAGCUGGACGGCAUGAGUCUGGCUGAGGAUAAGGAGCUGUCGUUUAUAGAUUAUGUCAGCGAGGCGGAGAAGGCCAAACGCGUUACUAUUGCGGAUCUCCUGACAAAGUUCACGUUUCUGACUGAUGUUGUUGGCGAUAAGUGUCUGGAUGAGUGGAGCUGCGAUUUCAGCGGGUCUGAUUCUGAUUCUGAUUCUGGUACCGACUCCGACUACGAUUCCGAUUCCUCGUCGUCGUCGUCUGGAACCCAUUCGAUCGUGGAUGAUUGAUGCUUGCGUGGUCUUAUGUUGUUUUCUCAAAGAUGGAGGGGGUUGUGAUUUUGUUUUUUCUUCUAUUCUUCCUAUGGUCUCGUCAAAUCUGUUGGUUUUCCUUGUCAGUUUGAGUUUUGUAAUGAGCCAUGACCUUUUCCUAGCAAUAUACGAAUGUUCCUCACAUUACAGAU